AUGGCGGCUGGUCCUGUAGCCGGUGGUGGAGUAUCGAAGACGAAGCACAAUUGGAGCGACAGUGGCAACAAAAGCCAAAAAAGAGCGAAGCCCAGUUUAGCGGCGAGGCAGGAGAGGCCGAUUCCGCUCGUGUCCCCGGAGGAUAAUCAUCAGAUGGUGAAGAUAAGCCUGAGCUCAAUCUCAAAGCUCGAAGUUAGGAACUUGAAGCGAAAACUAAUGGCUGAGCUGGAAGAAGUUAGGAGCUUGAUCAAGCGAGGUAACAACAUCGCCGGAGAUUUUACCUCCGUGCCGCCGAACAAGAAGCUGAAAACAGCACACGGUGGAAAGAAAGGCGGUGGUGGUCACGUAGCUCCUGCUGCUGAUAAAGGUACGGUUCAGAUUCUGAAGAACUGCAACAAUCUGCUUACGAAAUUGAUGAAGCAUAAGUCUGGAUGGAUUUUCAAUUCGCCUGUUGAUGCGACUAGGCUUGGUUUACAUGACUAUCACAUCAUCAUUAAGAAGCCUAUGGAUUUGGGUACAGUGAAGACUAAGCUGAGCAAGAGUUUGUACAAGUCACCAUUGGAUUUUGCAGAGGACGUGAGGCUUACGUUUAACAAUGCAAUGCUGUAUAACCCUAAGGGCCAUGAUGUGCAUCAUGUAGCUGAGCUUUUGUUGAGAAUGUUUGAAGAGAAAUGGGCACCGCUUGAGACACAGUGUGAGGUUCUCAAUAGAAGGCAACAACAGCAACCAAUCGAAUUUCAUGCUCCUGUUCCAAGAAACGCUCCUGCUCCUACACCUUCUCCAUCUCCUCCUCCUCCAGCUGUAGUUGAGAAUAGGACUUUGGAGAGAGCAGAAUCUAUGACAAACCAAGUGGAAACUGAAGUUGUAACUGUUUCCCCUGAGAAGCCUGGAGAAGAAGAAGCAUCUGGAAGUAGGGAGUUGACGUUUGAGGAGAAGCGGGGACUUAGUGAAGACCUUCAGGAUUUACCUUUCGACAAGCUAGAGGCAGUUGUUCAGAUUAUAAAGAAGAGGAAUCCGGAGCUCGCUCAACAGGAUGAUGAGAUUGAGCUGGAUAUUGAAAGUCUUGACCUUGAAACGCUUUGGGAGCUCUUCAGAUUCGUGGCUGAACACAAGGAGAGCUCGAGCAAGCAAAAGGGAGAACAGGGGUUGGGCUCAGAGAGAGAUGCUGAAUCUUUUCACAAUAGCGUCCAAGAACCGAACAAUCUAGUAACUGGCCGUGAAUCACCAAAAGUUACAGAAUCAAGUCAUGUGGCUUCUCCUGUUCGAUCAAGCAGUUCUAACAGUUCUAGUAGUGGCUCAGGCUCGUGUUCUAGUGAUUCUGACAGUGACAGCUCAGGGCAUGGAUCUGAUACUGGCAAAUAA